AAAACUCAUGCUAGUGAAUAUUCACUUGUCAUCUGUCUACAAAGAAUCAGUCAUCAGUGCUACCUUCAGAAAACCUGCCUUGCAUGACAGACAGCACAUUGUGGGUGGGUACAGGGACUCUGUCAGAACAGGUAGGAAGUUUCUUUAAAGUGCAAGCCUUAGCAGAUGAACUGUGUUAGACAAACAGCAAAGAGGAGAAGGUUGAACCUCAUCAUAAAGUCUCUUACUUCAGCAGUGCCAGUUACACAGUUGGGUCCAGACCAGCAAAGAAAAUGGACGAACAGACUACAUUAUCAGAUGGGUUGUCUACAAUGAUGGAUGAUUAUGACUAUGGUGAUGACAUAGAAAAUGGCGAACUGUGUGAAAUCAAAAGCAACUACAAACAUGAGGUGACAUACCAAAUUUACUCCUUCAUUUGCGCACUUGGACUCCUGGGCAACAUUCUAGUCCUUGUCACAUAUGCAUUUUAUAAAAAAGCCAAGACCAUGACAGAUAUCUACCUAGUAAACGUGGCUGUGGCGGACCUCCUGUUUGUCCUCGCCUUGCCUCUGAUCAUAUAUAAUGAGCAGUAUAACUGGAGCAUGGGUACCUGGGCUUGUAAGGUACUGCGAGGGAGCUACAGCAUAAACCUGUACAGCAGUUUGCUCCUGUUGGCCUGCAUCAGCGGAGACCGCUAUGUUGCCAUUGUUAAAGCACGGAGUUCAUUGGGAAUUCGCUCGAGAGCCCAGAUAUACAGUCGUCUUAUCUGCACGAUAAUAUGGCUGUUUGCUUUUUUGUUAUCCAUGCCAACAUUCAUAUACUCCGAUCUAGGAGUAGAGUAUGUUAAUGAAACAGAAGAAAUUGAGUGUAGCUUGACAUUUGGCACAAACAGCACAGCGCAGUUCAUGAAAAUCUUCCUGCCUAGCAUGCAGGUGUCUGUGGGCUUCUUCAUCCCUCUGCUAGUGAUGGGCUUCUGCUACUGCAGUGUCAUUUACACUCUACUCAGAGCACAAAAUUACCAAAGGCACAAGGCACUGCGUGUGAUUCUGGCUGUAGUUCUGGUGUUCGUCGUCUGCCAUUUGCCCUAUAACAUCGUGCUCCUGAUCCAUACGACUCGGCUGUUCCAAGUGAGAGACUGCAACGCAGAACAGAGCAUCCACUUGGCUUUGUCUGUGACCAGAAGUGUGGCGUAUCUCCACUGCUGCCUCAAUCCCAUCCUUUACGCCUUCAUUGGGGUCAAGUUCAGGAACCAUUUCUGCAAGAUCAUUGAGGAUUUGUGGUGCUUAGGGAAGAAGUACUUUUUUUCCAGACCAUCCUCACAGCAAACUUCAGAACUGUACAUUUCAGCACACAAGUCCAUCAGUGCAAAUCAUGAAAAUCCCUCCUCCUUUACAAUGUGAGGUGCACCAGGGAACACGUCCACUCGUUUCUGCAAAUAAACUGCCUUUUAUUUGGUACUUAAUGCCAUCCUGAAACUGCCAAUAGUAUGUCUAAGUGACUUAAAUACAUGUAUAUAGUCAUGCUGAUUUCAUUUGAGAGCUUUAAGUCACAAAAGACAGUCCUGGUCUGGAUAUUUUACCUGUCUUGAUAUAAUGAGUUUUUAUUUUGAGUGUGAUUAUUUCUUACAGUAGUAGGAUACUUCUGUAACUCUUCGUGUAAUAAAAAUAUUACUCUUUAAGUCCCAUUAUUGUGUAACUGAUCUGCCUAGAAAAAGACAUCCUACUGAAACCAUACAGCUUUUAGACAAGUACUGUAUGUGUGAUAGCCUAGGAAAACCCUUCACAUGGUGAUAAUAUGACAUUUUCUCUCUGAAAACAACACACUGUCUGCAACUUAAGCUGGUGAAUCUCAACCAGAAGUAAGGUUUUAGGCUUCCCAAAUGUAAAGAAAAAAAAGUCAAAAGAGUGAAUUGAAAGGUUUCGUAUUGACUGUACCACAGAAGCAUAACAGAAAAUUCAAAGUUCAUUAUCUGAUCGGAAAAACUUCAGGCUUUUGUUUAUUUUGCUAUGGUAUGUAACUUGAUCAAAGGUUCACCAAGUUAUCCUGGCUCUUUAUCCAGCAUGAGCUUUAUAUGACAAUAGUCCAGGUGAGAUUAACAAAAUAAAUCAAUAACAACAUGAAAUGCAUGUAUGGUUUCUUAAAAUUGUGGUGUCAAAGUGAGAUACAGACAGAAAAAAAUAUAAAUAUUUUAGCCUAAACAUGCUUAGCUUUAUCUGACUGUUUUAUCUACUGUAGUACUGUCACUGUUACAGACUCAAUGAUAUGCACAUCCUUUGUACAGCUGUUUCUUUCCUAAUAAAAUU